CUAGCGGACAUCGCCCCAGUUCGCUCUCCGGACGGAUCGAACUGUUGCGUAGUCACUUCGCUGGGCCUUUCCUUUCGAGCCCCAUCAAAUUUCAUAAAAUGUGUCAUUCUAGAGUGUUUUUAAAAUAAGAAUACGGCAACUGUCAAUCCAUUUGGGAUUUCCCAGCGUAGUUCGACUUCUAAGGACGUUUCUAUGGCUCAGUAAUAGAUUGGAUACAAAAUGGAAGACUCUUUUAUUAUAGCCAAUUUUCACACGCUGUGUCGACUGUGCUUAAGUAAGAGUACGCUCAUGAUAUCGCUAUAUGGGUCAGCUCCUGACGACGAUAAUACCAGUGUUUCACUAACCUCUAAAAUUGCGGAAUGUUUCGAACUUCAGAUGGAUUCAAAUGAUGGACUGCCAGGAAAUAUUUGUUACAAGUGCUUGUUCAAACUGGAUAAAUGUGCAAAAUUCAGAAUGCAGUGUAUUCAAAGUGAGGCUAGACUAAGACAGAUUUCCAACAGAGUUAACGAACUUGACAACUCCAAUUCAUCUGAGCUGAGUAACUAUAACCAAGAAUUAGUAAAACCUAAGCCUGAAAACUACAUAGUGGAAGACAGUGUGGUGAUGGUAGUUGAUCCUAGCCUUGACUAUGAUUCGUCUGAAGACUCUGACACAACAGAACAAGUUGAUCAAGAAACUGCCGAAAGGAAUACACCAGACAUGCAAGACAAUUUCUUUAAAAAUGUGUCCAUGUGUCAGUUCUGUGACAAAGCUUUUGUAUCUCCAGAAAAGUGCAAAGAACACGAGCAAGCAUAUCAUGAUCCCAACCUCCCAUAUAGAUGUUUUGAAUGUAGCAUAGUUUUUGCAGAACGCACACAGUUUGUCCAACAUGCAAAGUUAGUGCAUGGCAAUGAUAAACCUUAUCAGUGUACAGAGUGUGACAAAUGCUUUGGUCGGCGAUCUGAUUUGAGAAAACAUUCAAUUGUUCACACCGGAAUAAGACCUUACCAGUGCCAUUACUGUCUAAAAAGCUUUUCCCGUAAUACUAAUUUAAGUAAACAUCUUCGCAUCCAUGCUGGACAUAAACCCCAUGUUUGUCCUCUUUGUCCCAGAAGUUUUGUAGCAAAAGCUGAUUUACAGCGACAUGUACUGGUUCAUUCUGGUAUGAAACCUUAUGCAUGUAGAAAAUGCCCUUUGACUUUUGGUCGAAGAGACAAGCUCCUCAAGCAUGAAAUGCGUCAUGGACCCAUCAGCCCUGAACAGAAGACUGAUUUUUAUGAUGACCAGGAUGCAGGUGAUAUGAUUGUUAAUGUGAACCCGUAUAGCAAUCUCAUCACAUCACCCACAGGAGAAACUUCGAAUACUGAUUAUGAUCUACCGAGAGUCCCAGACCAUAUAGCUGGGGAAAGUAGCUUCAGUAAUCAAAUCAGAAAGAAUCCGUCCACUUCCAGCAAACAAGUCCAAAAUUCACCACCAAAACAGAACAAGGCUGCAUCUAACAAAAACAAACCAAAAAAUAUAAAGUGUCAUCAAUGUCCUAAACGGUUCUCAUCACUAGAUGCUUACAAAACGCAUGUUUCAAUUGCACAUAUUGGAUCAAGAGUAUUUCAAUCCAGCUUUCAAUGUAAGGUAUGCUUCAAGAAAUUUCCCCGUAAAAGGGAAUUGGAUCGACAUGCUACUCUACACUCGGGAAUGAAACCAUUCUCUUGCAAUCAAUGUGAUAAAAAGUUUAACACAAAAGAUAAACUAAAUAAGCAUGAGCAAUCUCAUGAAUGCUUGGUUGUGAACAUGCCUUGCAUAGAAUGUGGUGCCACAUAUGAAAAGAAAGCAGAAUUAGUAGCACAUAUUAAAUCACAUUUUGCUGAUAGCUUUGAAGAAAAGGUUUCUGAAACUGAAAUCAAGAAGGAAGAGGAACAGCCAGAUUAUGCUAUGGACGACAAUUUCUAUGAUUUAGAGACGUGAGCUUAAGAAAAGUUUUUAAUGUGUUCGUAGUUUUCUCUUAGUGGCACCGUAAUUCCACAUUAAAAGUUACACUUAAAAGUUGUAGGUACUUAUUAUAAAUUAAGACAAAUUAUACGCUUAUAUUAUUUCUGUAUACAUAACUUGAUUAUUCACUUUAGUUUCAAUGGUUAUGUAAAAUUAUAUUAAGCACAUGUGAUUAUCUUGUUAAAAUAUGGUACCUAAUGUUAUUUUUAGUGACUGAAUAUCUAGAGACUAUACUAGAAAAUAGUUUAUAUAGAUUUAAGAAAUGGCUCCUGAUAAGUCUGAUGGUUAUGUUUGUAAUAAUUACGUUAUGCAGCUUAUCUAAACCUAUAUACAUAUACAACCAGUCUUAAGCACACAUUGUGUGCAAAAUCAGUGUUUCCCGUAGGUCAAAUUGCAAAAUUAUUUGUAAUAGUGUAGUGGCUUCUUUUUCAAGUACACUCCUGCUGUCAGUGUGUCCAAUGAAGUUCCAGCUAGCGACAUCUGCACAGUGCCACAGGGAUUGCAAUAAUUUGACCUUUUUUUAAUGGUACAACAUAAUUUAACAUCAUUACAUGGGGUAUAAAAUACAUAUAUUAAUCUUAAAGUAGAAUGUAGAAAACUCCUUGUAUAUCAAUUACGGUGGAUACAUUUAGAAAUAGACUGGGAAAAUGCAUCUUUUACCACAUGCUAUCACAAAAAUUAGUUUGUAUUAUACUAUGUGUAAUGUUUGGCCAUUAUGGUAAGAUUGUAGAAGUGAAUGUCCUUUAAAAAGAUUAGGCCUAUUCUCAAUGACUAUAACUAAACUUUGCAAUUACUAUCAAGGUAUCAAGCACUUAUUUAUCAUUGUAUCUGUUUGAAUUUUUAACGUUAAUUAUUUGUUCAUGUUGUAAUAAUUUUAAAAUAACAAACCAAAUACAU